AUGGCACAGAUGUGGAGUUUAGGUCUGCUCUGCUUCCUCGUGGGGGCUUCAUACGCGGCUGAGGUCUGCUACGAUGGGGUCGGUUGCUUUGACGACCUUCCCCCAUGGGGCGGCACUGAACAGAGACCCGCUUCCAUCCUGCCAUGGGACCCCCAGGAGAUCGGCACCCGCUUCCUCCUCUUCACCCAGAAGAACCGCUACUACCAGGAGAUCACAGCUGACAAAUCUGUCCAUGACACAAACUACAGUGGAAAACUGAAGACUCGGUUCAUCAUCCCUGGAUAUCUGGAGGAAGGAGACGAGGAUUGGCCACAGGAGAUGUGUAAGGUCAUGGUGGCAUGGGAGAACGUGAACUGCGUGGCUGUUGAGUGGAAGAACGGCACCAGGACUCAGUACGCCCAGGCUGUGAGUAACAGCAGGGUAGUCGCUGUCCAGGUGGCUAACAUCCUCACAUUCCUCAUGAGUUACUACAGACAGAAAGCUGAUAAGUUCCACAUUAUUGGACACGGUAUCGGAGCUCACGCUGCAGGAGACGCUGGCAGCAGGAUCCCUGGACUCGCACGUAUCACUGGACUGGACCCAACUGAACCUUACUUCCACGACACCAAUGCCACAGUCCGUCUGGACACCACUGACGCCCUCUUUGUUGAUGUCAUUCACACUGAUGCUCUUCCUUUUGACCCUAAACUUGGUCUGGGUAUGCCAGAGCCCAUGGGCCACAUCGACUUCUACCCAAACGGAGGAGAGCUGAUGCCCGGCUGCACCGGCAACAGAGGCAAACCCUCUGACCUGGAUGCCUUCUGGGAGGGUACUAAGAGGUUCUACCCCUGCAACCACGUCCGUGCCCACCAGUACUACACCGAGAGCAUCGUCAAGCCCAAAGGCUUUGUGGGAUACCCCUGUGAAGACAAGACCAGUUUUACCAAGGGAAAGUGUUUCCCAUGUGCCGAAGACAAGUGUCCUAUGAUGGGCCACUUUGCUGACAGGUUCACUGUGACUGAUGGCAUUUCCAAGUCAAAGUACUUCCUCAACACCGGGGAAACAAAUCCCUUUGGCACCUACAGCUACAAAGCUCUGGUAACCAUCGAUGGUCCCAGCUGGCCUAACCAAGCCUUCAUGUAUUUGGCUCUGGUUGGAGAGGAUGACAGCACCCAGGAGUACCAGCUUCACGUGGGAACAAUGAGCCCUGGACGUACCUAUGAGCUGCUGAUUGACGCUGAGGUGGAUCUGGGUGAGGUGACAGAGGUCAGGUUCAGAUGGAACAACCAUCAUCCCAACCCCCUGAAUCCAAAGUACGGAGCAUCCAAGGUGGAGCUGCACAGAGGAAAAGACAAGAAGAUCUACCACUUCUGUGGAACCAAGAACGUGGAGGAGAUGACCGUCCAGCCUGUGCCUCCAUGCCAAGCUUAA